UUGACUGAACAGCUCCUGCUUCCUCGUCGCCAGCAGCUAACCUACAUUCCUGCUGACAGCAGGAGAUUCUAGGUGUGUGUCAGCUGACUGUUGUAUGAUGCUAGCAUGUUAGCUUCGGAGUUAGCAGGCAGAUACUGCACUCAUUUAUCGAGGGUGCUGCGUUUGACUAGUUAAUAGACAGCAAUCAUUUUGUGUGACCCAGAUACUAAUUACGGUACCAGAGGGAGGACGUUUACGACAUGACACGAACUACCUAAGUGUUUUUUUCUUUGUUUAUUUGUUUUUUUUUUAUUCCUAUAACUAGCACGCUAGCAGCUAGGUGGCAAGUCUUCCUAGCAACGGUAGCUAGCUAUGACUGUAGGUUAGCUAACCGACGGGCGUCUUCAUGGAGAGCUUUACGGUGUUAGCUCAGCUUUCAAGAUUGGUCCUAAGUUAUGUUAACAGACUGUAGACGGACGGCUUCUGCUAAGCUAAAUGUUAAUUAAAUGGCAAAAACUGAGCAAGGCAAUGGACUUGACUUGCGGGGCAGCACAGAGAAGCUGACAGAUAAUGGGAAAGGCACUUUGUAUGGAUCCGACACAGAGGUAAACGGCAGUGCCAUCCGCGGGGAGGAACAGGUGGACAAGUAUGGAUUCACCGGGGGAGCCCAGCAGUAUUCCGUAGACUCUGCUGAAGAAAUCCCCAUUGAGGUGCUGCGACAGCGGGAGGCAAAAUGGCUGGAGAUGCUCAACAGCUGGGACAAGUGGAUGGCCAAAAAACACAAGAAGGUGAAAGAGCGCUGUCAGAAGGGGAUCCCUCCAUCCCUGCGUGGCCGGGCCUGGCUCUACCUCAGUGGGGGCAAGGUGAAAAGGGAACAAAACCAGGGCAAGUUCGAGGAACUGGACCAACACCCAGGAGAUCCCAAAUGGGUCGACAUUAUUGAGAGAGACCUCCAUCGACAGUUCCCAUUCCAUGAAAUGUUCUCAGCAAGAGGAGGUCAUGGGCAGCAGGACCUGUUCCGUGUUCUCAAGGCUUAUACUCUGCACCGUCCUGAGGAGGGUUAUUGUCAGGCUCAGGCUCCCAUCGCUGCUGUUCUCUUGAUGCAUAUGCCAGCUGAGGAUGCAUUCUGGGUCCUUGUCCAGAUUUGUGAAAAAUACCUUCCUGGAUACUACAGUACAGGGCUGGAGGCGAUCCAGCUGGAUGGGGAGAUCCUGUACGCUCUGCUGCGGCGGGUGUCGCCCGCAGCCCACCAUCACCUGAAGAAGCACAAGUUGGAGCCCAUCCUGUACAUGACCGAGUGGUUCAUGUGUGCCUUUUCUCGGACUCUGCCGUGGGCAUCGGUGCUGCGUGUCUGGGACAUGUUCCUUUGUGAUGGAGUGAAGAUCCUCUUCAGGGUGGGCCUGGUUCUCCUGAAAUGCACGCUGGGAUCCCAGGAGAAACUGAAGGCCUGCCAAGGUCUAUAUGAAACAAUGGAGCUGCUCCGAUCUAUACAGCCACAGUACAUGCAAGAAAGAUUCCUGGUGCACGAGAUCAUGGAGUUAUCUGUGUCUGAGAAAGACAUUGAGAAGGAACAUCAUUCUCAGCUGCGGCGCUGGAAGGAGACUCGCGGAGACCUACACUGUAAGUCCCCUCCCAGGAUGCACGGUGCCAAGGCCAUCAUGGCUGCAGAGCCACCUAGACGGCAGGACCUCAGACAGCUGCCCACCAUCAUCGUGGAGUCUCCCCUGGCACCCAAGACAGAUGAGGUGCAAGCAGAGGACGCAAGGGAAAGUAAAAAGGCCAACGAGGUAAACCAGAAGGAAACAAUCCUGCCACCACAGGAGACAGUUAAUCCUUAUCCCCCUCCCCCCAGUGACCCCUCACCUCUCCUCAAACACAUGACCAUGCAAGAGUCCAAAGAGAGUCUGAGCAGUGCAGAGCAUGACACUUAUCUGUAGCAGGGUAAGUUUCACACCAGUCUGCAUUCAAAAAUUUAUAAUAACCUUUAACCUUUAAUAACCUAACAGUAACUCUCUUCACAGUUUUCAGUCACAGCGGUCAGUAAUAUGACAAACCUUGCCAUCACUUAGUGUGUCUGUAGAGGUCGUGACUGUGAGAGGUUUUAGUGCAAUGGCUCUUUUUAUUAUCUUGACACUCAAAAAAAUCCGGCAAAAAUGCCAUUCCUCAGACUACCAAGCAGCCGCUUUUAUACACUACACAUUUUCAGUGUCAUUUCAUUGUAUACAGGUUGCUAUUUGCUGUACUUUUAACUAAGUAGUGCAGUCUUGGAAAUUUAGCAUCACAGAAAAGUAAGUUUUUGAAGUGUUAUGGAACUCAGAAAUGUGUGAGUGCCAGGGAGCAACAGCAGAUGGCGCCUACGUGCAGGUUGCACACAAAGUUUAAUAUAGGGAAUAUGGGGCUGUCAGCUUCAUGUGACUGAACAUGUAGGGAUACACACUCACUAACUCACUCUUAACAGCUACUGCUGCUAUUUACCUCUUAAAAGUAAUGCUCUGAUUCUCUCCUUUGCUAUAAAUGAAGUCUGAUUUUGUCUUAAAUGAUGAGCUCGUUUCCACAGCACUUUGCCUUUCGAGUCUUCCUCUUUGCCUACAUUAGCCAGUAUGUUGCCAACGCAGAGAUUUGUAUUUAUCCUGCUUUGCUAGAUUCAGUCAUUCACACUAAUUUGCAGACACACAGUUUAUCAUUGUGUGUGUUAUGCACUGUUUGUCUGUUGACUGUUAUACUGCGUCUGCGAGUUUGUUUUUGUUGAACACUUGAGGGCGCCCUGAGGUCAUCUCUCUGUCUCAGCAGCGACCAGCAGUAGUCUAAUGAGAGAAAAACUGACACACGCUGUGUGACUCUCAGAUGAAGGAAAGAGUGUGCAGGGACAUUUUAUGCGACUAAGCCAAAGAUUUUUAAUGCAUAUUCUUGAAAUGUAUAUUUUCCCAAACAGUUUAUUCAAUCGUGUUGUCGUACAGUAUUUAAUUGUUGUCAGUUUGGGAGAGCAUAGGGUUUAUAUUUAUGAAAUUUAUGAGCUAUGAUAAAAUGCCAGGUUGUAAUGCUAAUACAAAGCUGUUUUUGUACAAUCAUGCUAAAAGGUUUGUGGAUCCUUAAAUUUAAAUAUAUCUAAUGUUCCUUUAAAAGACAAGAUUUUUGUCUUCUCUGCAACCUCAUAAUCUAAACACCAGCUUAAAUGCUCAAUAUGUUGUUUUUGUUUCCAUUCUAAAACCAAGAAAUCCAGAGGUACAUAGUGUUAUCCUUUGAGUAAGCUUUCAAAACAAUACAAACAAAAAAUGAAAUUGACUCACAAAGUUACAGAAUUUUUAGGAUUUAGGAAGAUAUUAAAGGUCAAGGGAGCCAUAAACCUUUAGUAAUGACCAAAUAAUAUGUGUAGAUACUCAUUUUAUUUGGGAUUUUAAAAAUGAAGAAACAGUUUGAAAAAAAAAAGUGAAUUCAUAAGCAAUCAACAUUUAACAAAACAAUCACAGUCCUGUAAUUUGCAUUAUUAACAGUGACCUGUCUAACAAUAGGUCAGAUUAUUUGCUGUCAAAAUUUUUAUGAAUAAUGGAAAAUGGUUGUGGGUUUCUAUUGACUUUCAACACUGUGGAUAAUAUUUUUUUUCCAAGUACAUUCUACGGGUUUAUUUUUUGUCUGUUAGGAAGCACUGUUUACCUGAACAUGUCCUCUGAAGCUUUCAAUAUUUAGAUUUAAAACAUUCAGCUCUAAUCUGUAGAGCUGAAUGUAAAAAACACACAUUUAACCAACAUACAAUGCAUCUGUUGAGUUUUGACUCUGAGCUUUUUGUACUGUUGUGCACAUGGUGCCACUGAGCUUCAUCCAGGGAAUAGAAAAACAAGCUUUUUGUAAGACUCUGUUUCAGUAGUCAUUUUAAAUAAUUAAAAAAAAACCUCCCCAUUAGGUCAGUGGGACGUUCCUUUUUAUCAAUCACUUCAGCUGUUCUGUGUUCUAACUGUUCCAUUGAUUAAGCCUAGGGCUUGUAAAUUUGCAGCUUAUCCUGCUGCUUUCAUCGGUGUAUAGGACUUUAUUUCUGAUCUGUUUGCUCAUUUUAUUUAAAAUCAGCUUCUCAUAUGUACAAACUGUUUUUGUACCAAAUUACAUUUAAAAUCAAUAAAAUUUGAAA